GUGGCGUGUUCAUUCUGCUACAGUACGUCCGCAGUGUGCGACAGGAAACGCUCGGCAGCAGGUGCCGCCGCUGAACAUGCUUCCACCCAAACUCCUCCUGCUCUCACUGGCUGUGCUCAAACUCAUCUCUCCCCUGGAGGCUAAACGGUGCGGCAAAGGUUAUCGCACACAUGAAGGACAUUGCGCUCCGUGUCCGAAAAAUUACUACCAGCCUGAGGAAAACGACUCCGCAACGUGCACACCAUGUACAAGAUGCAGCUCGAAGGAUGGAAGUCUUGUGAAGGACGUGUGCACGAGCGUCUCCAACACCCGGUGCCAGUGUCGGCCAGGGUUCGUUUCACUGGAGCCCGGUUCCAUCACCUGCUACUGUGACGUAGGAUUUGGAAACACUGACCAAGAGUGUGUAAAAUGCAGAGACGGAUAUUUCAACAACAUCCAGAACUCACCCUGUCAAAAGUGGAAAGAAUGUAAGUCGGGAGUUAAAACCCCCGGAAACACCACCUCGGACGUCACCUGUAACGACCCGAGCGACGACGCCGUCGCGGAGCAUUUCCUCACACGUUUAACAUCCCUCCGCCCACGGGAGGAGCCUCGGACUCGGCCCCCACGCGCCACGACCACCGCCACCGCAGCUUCUCCACACCACAGAGGCACCACGAGGAGAAGCGAGGCCCCCACCUCGCCCUCCAGCACGGACUACACCAACUACAUCGGCAUGGCCCUCCUCAUAUUCGGCGUCGUGGGGCUCGUGAUGCUGACCGCCGUCACCUGCAAGCUGCACAUCUUCCCCUGCCUGCAGGAAAAGCAGCCAGAACCACACAACCCAUCGUGUCGGCGGCCGGUUGAGGAGAGCGGCGACGGGAGCCUGUCCAUCUUAAAGGUCAAUGCGGAGGAGCCCUGAGGUGAACGCCUCUCUGACAACAACCUACUGUGAAUGAUCCAAUAAUCACCAGCAGAAUAUUCGGGCUGGCCACGCAUACAUUUUUUAUAUUUCUGAAAUAUAAAAAAAAAAAACGAAACAAAUAGAUUUACCGUAUCUGUAUUGUAGCAGGUCCAGUCAUAAAAGGUUUAGUCAAUAUUUGACUGAUUUAACAAAAUUUGAAAAUCUCUCAUACCUCACUGUUAGUCUGUUACCUGUACGAUUACAUCAAUUCAAACUAGCUUGAAGUAACUGAGCUGUUAGACUUUGUUUUAAGGCAACUGUACUAAAAACAUAUUUAAUAUCAUGUUAAUAUUUAUUACAAAUUUGGUCAUGAAGAGUAUGAUCUCACACCUUAUUCCACUAAGUGUUAUUCUACUUUGAACAAUGCUCUUUUCCCCCUUCCCCAAAUGCACAUACAGUAUAACCCUACAUUGCUGCUUUUUCUUCCUAGUGACCUUAUAUAAUGUGAUGUUAACGGGGCAAGUGACAAACCUCUGAGAAAUGCAGUCUGGGCAGUAUAGUAGUGAACGGGUCCGGGUAAAACAGUACCCGGGAGCGGUACCGCGUGCGUGGGACCCGGGGAGUUCCCCGUGAGGAGACGCGUGUGCUGCUUUUUUUCCCGUGGAGACGCGCUUCCGCUCAGAUCUUCGUUUUGAGACGUUGGAAAGAUUGAUGUUGUAGACGUGCGGACUUUGAUGUUGUUUAUGCCCCACGGGAGACUUUCCCCACAGCGGUACGGUAAGAGGAGUUCUGAAAGCGUGCCCUCGUUAUUUUCAUUCAGUUGUCACGUAUCAGAUCCACGCAGCCACAGGUGGCCUGGCGUGUACCUGGCUCACUGGUGGGACGUUACCUGGAAGAAAAUGGGUUCCAGCUCAUUCAGUGCACAUAACAGUUGGUAUAAAAACAGACAGCUUGUGUAAUUGUUGCUAAUGUUGAUGGAUCCGUUUGGUUUUUAUACAGAUUUUUGUACAGUCAAUUCGUUUUAGAAAUGUUAUAACAAAGGUUUAUGGGAUUCAAGGCAGAAGUAAAUCUGACUUUUUGAGGUUUUUGUUUUGUUUUGUGUGAUACAAUUUUAAAUUUGAUUACAUUUGUUUAAACGGAAUCAAAUUUCUUUGUGUUAAAAUGUGAAAUGUGACAAAAGAGAAGCUUUUCUUACUGCUCAUAACACAAGACUGUUAACCCACGGGUGGUUUUUACAUUUAUGCAGGUCUGAAAUCUUAAUAAAGAUGUGAACUGAAGUAAAAGGUGCGUUUGUAUCGUGAAAUUAAGACGUUUGAGCAAAGAAGGCCUGUUUUAUUUUUAAUAUUUCUUCUGUCAUGACCUGCUUUUUGCUUCUGCUCAGUAAUAUUUAUUCUCGGUUUGAGUGUGUGAAUAAACAUUUUUACGUGAACCUGCCUUUUCCACCGUUUACAGAAACCUUUUUUUUGCAAAAAGCACGGGCAAAU